ACUGACUUACUACCCCUCCAUCAUAUAAUAAAGUCUUCCAAAUAACUAACAAUAAUGGGCAAGGCUUUAGAUCUCAAGUAUGCCGAGCUCAUGCGAGCGCAUCCUUUCGGCACGGCGUUGUACCUACCAAUUCCCUCGAGUCAGUUUCAGCCCGGAUUCAUCGGAUACUUUGACUCGACUGGGGCCUGGAAUCCUAUCGGAGACCUCACAUCUUCGUCAAGCUUGCCACCGGGUUUGUCAUCCAUCGACGGCACAACAUUGAAGCGAGCGCCGUCUCAGAAACAAAUGUGGGGACCAAAGCUGGGCAACGAGACAAGAGGUCGCGCCAUUGAUCUGAGUGUCGGCCUUGGGGCCAUACCUAUGCUGGCUGCAGCUGCACUGCCCUUCGAAGUUUCUGCCUGCUUCCGAUUCCAGGCAGAUAAAAAUCGUGGAGCAGUUCUUCUGACCAGUGGUCCUGUUGCCCAUGAGCGGUAUUAUCAUAAAGAGCCUCUCCUUCAGUGGAUGAAGCAAAACGCAAAAAGCAUAGUGAAAACAUAUCCCGAGGUCAGAGAAAACGGCUUGUGGAUUAUCAGUUCCACGUGGACAGCAGAGAAUGCAUCGGUCAAUUGCUGGAACUCUAAAGACAAAAGCGUUGAUGUUGGGUUCAGCACGACGGCCCUUGAGUUUGGCGAAGUGGCUCCAAAGGGAAGUUACCUGCACGGAGGGAGUGCAGAAGGAUGGAUAAGCACUCAGAGUGAUGAUAACGACAAAGGCCAUGUUGUUUUCUUCCAUGGCAUCAGGUUCACAUUGGUUCCCAUUCGCGGAUUGACAGAGAAGAAGACCUCCAGACAAUUUCGAGGAGAAAGUCCAGCCACGCCCGCAUCUCUGACAAUAUUUGAGGACGACUUGGGCAAUGGGACUUUUGAAGUACGGUAUGAAGACCAAACUGAGAAGGAGGAACAAGAUGCAGUGCACCAGGACGACGAUGAGGAAGACGCGUGGGAGUAAACAUUGCUGUGUGAUGAUUGAAUGUCAAAGGUUACUAAGUAAUUAUUUAACACCAAGCGGAAAGUGUCCUUGUACUUUGAUUUCUGAACCCAUCAUAAUUGUAAGUUUUGAAGAGGCCAGGAGUGCAGUAAUACAG